ACGCGCACAUCUCACUCACACGCGUAAGGCUCACGCUCCCGCCCCGCACACCUGUGCUCCGCCCCUUGGUCCCGGGCCCACGACGCGAGAAGGCAUUUGGGAACCCGGGACAGUUUCAGAGGUGCCCCCCAUCCCCUCCAUUUCCCAGGCAGGAGUGGUCCGGAGCCUGCCGCGGCUCCCAACCGGUUCACAUCCUCCGCCAUCCUUCCCUCCCCCCGUCUGCCGCGGCACCGGUAUCCGCAGCCACCAGCCCGGAGCCGGUGAGGCGGCAAAGGGGGGAGGGAGAGGAAGCAAGGGAUGAGCUCCGGGAGGGCGUCGGGGGCCCUGAGCCGGACGAGGACGCCCCUGGAACCGGGACCCGAGCCAGAGCCAGAGCCGGAGACAGAACCAAACCACCGCUGCAGCCCACUAAACCCAGGAGGCGCCCUGGCCCGCGCUCGCCCCCCAGGGCCUCAUGUCGGAACCACAACCUGGCCUGGAGCCGCCCCAACAUGGGCUGUACAUGCUCUUCCUGCUUGUGCUGGUCUUCUUCCUCAUGGGCCUUGUAGGCUUCAUGAUCUGCCACGUGCUCAAGAAGAAAGGCUACCGCUGCCGCACGUCUAGGGGCUCAGAGCCUGAUGAUGCCCAGCUCCAGCCCCCUGAAGACGAUGACGUGAAUGAGGACACAGUAGAGAGGAUUGUUCGCUGUAUCAUCCAAAAUGAAGCCAAUGCUGAGGCCUUGAAGGAGAUGCUAGGGGACAGUGAAGGAGAAGGGACGGUACAGCUCUCCAGCGUGGAUGCCACCUCCAGCCUGCAGGAUGGAGCUCCUUCCCAUCAUCACACAGUGCAUCUUGGCUCUGCAGCUCCUUGCAUCCACUGUAGCCGCAACAAGAGGCCCCCACUUGUCCGUCAGGGUCGCUCUAAGGAGGGAAAAGGUCGCCCCAGGCCUGGAGAGACCACUGUAUUCUCAGUGGGCAGAUUCCGAGUGACACACAUUGAGAAGCGCUAUGGCCUACAUGAACAUCGUGAUGGUUCUCCUACAGACAGAAGCUGGGGCUCUGGUGGGGGGCAGGAACCAGGGGCCAGUCAGGUGGCUGCAGGAGGGCAGCCUAGGACAGGGACAACUGCCACUGAAAGGCUGCUCCCUGAGCCACCACCCUCCCAGGCUGUAGCCACCCACCCAGUGCAGAAUGGAGGACUCAAGGAUGACAGCCUAGUCCCUUGUACACUUGAGGGAGCCCCUGAAACCUCUGCAGAACUGAACUUGGGCACUAGAGGAAGAGGCCCAAGUCCAGAGCUGCUUAAUCAAGAGACAAAUGGACAGCCAACCAAACUGGACACCUCAGGUCAGCAGGAGUCUCUACCACCAGACGCAGGGGGUAUGUGAGGCGAGUCUCCCUGAGCUCGAGAUCAGGUAAUCUCAUCCUCCCACCUGUUACUUAAACCACCCAAACCCAUCGACUCCCUGAGCCCCUGGGGUGAACUACAGGCUUAGUGUGUGUGUUACAGAUUCCGUCGCUGGUGGUGGGGAGUGGGAGUGGGCAUAGAGGUCCCCCGGGAGUUAGAAAUGGUCUCUGGAGGACUGGUCAAUCAGAGCUCAAACAGGAAGCAACACUGUCCCCCUUCCUUUCUUCCAAGCCUCAGUCUUCACUGUGCUGAUGGAUACCAGCAGGCAUUGCCAGGGUAUGGAUAGCCAUGAAGGCUCUCCCCUCCACUGGACAGCACUGCUCCUCAGUUGAGGGACCAGCUCUACUUCUAUCCGGAGUUACAUGGUCCCAGGCUGAGGGACCUCAGGAGGAGCCGCUCCCAACUCCCAACCCCUCAUUCUUUUUCCUUUCCCUACUUGCCAAUGGGUUGCCUGGCCUGCCUUCCCCAAAACCUCGCUCCACAUGCAAGAGCGUGGCAGCUGGGACCAGGCCCUACCCGUGGUGGGCCCCUAAAGCAAUAGCACCUUAGGCCCCCUGCCCUCUUGGCACAAGAGGCCCAGGCCCUGGCUUGGACUUCAUGCCCUUUAUUCACUGUCAAUAAAUCCGCUCAGACCAUUACAGUU